GUGUGUGAAAUAUAUUAAUUAUGUACUGCACUUGCUACUGAUUAGUGUCCAGUUUACUAUAGACUGUUGCUCAAGUUCCUGUGAUAUAUAUCAUGUUUGAUAGUUUAGUCUUCUAGUUAUUGUUGCACUGAUUUAUGUCAAGGAGAUUUGGCCAGUGUGAUGUGAGUCCAGUACAUGUGCUUUAUAAUCCUGUUCGUAACCGGUGUUCAUUUUGUAGUCCUAGUGAUAUAUCUUGUACCUUGUGCUAGCUACGAACCUGUGAUAUAUAUGUGUGUGUUAUGUUCAUGUCCUUUUACUUCUCUUGUCAUUGCUGAUAGCUUUUGUUAGUAUCUUAAUUUCUCAAGCAUUACGAAAAUACCAAAAAGAUUGUUGAAGAUAAUUUGAACCUUCCUUGCUACUGUGUUAUUUUCUUUAUCGUCAACUUUGGUUAGUUUAGGUCUAUAUUUCCUUGCAAUCAUCAUCUAAAUUCUAUUACCUAGCUUUAGCCGAGUAUAGUUGUCGUCGCCUAGUCCUUGAGGAGAACACGACACUCGCAGUUUGGGUAUAAAAACCCCACUGUACCUACUAUCGAUCAUUUUGGCGCCGUUGCCGGGGACUAGUGUCGAGUGACCGUGUUAAGCUAUAGACUAGGUUUUUCUUCUUUUCCUAUUUUGUGCCAUAUAUUUGUGAUAUAUCUCUAACUCCUAACCCAUGUUCCAGAUUAUUUCCUCUUUGUUUUCUUUUCCUUUUUGCAGGUUAGAACCAUCUUCUCGGAUAUGGCUUACUAUUCAGAUCAUCAUGCUUAUGCGAGCAACACUACAAACAGCACGGAAAGUAUUCAAGAACUGAUAAGUAAGAUUUCCCAUCAAUUAGAUGAUUUAGCUCGGCAGCAAGAGGUAGUUUUUGAGGAUAGGCCUAGCUCUUAUGAUCCUUAUUCUAGAGGUCAUCCUUAUGUUGCUCCUACAUGCCAUAUUUGUGGAUUUCAGGGCCAUUCACCCGUUGAAUGUCAGCGUGGUUACUCUCAUCCUCCCGAUUGUUAUGUCAUGAGCUUCACCCCACAGCCUAGCUCAUACCAAAACAAUUACACACAUGGGUGGCCUGAAAACCAGAAUAUGUCAUAUAGGAGCAAUAACCCUGAGAUCUCAUCGUUUGCCUCUAGUUAUCCAAUGCAGGGAUUUAGGUAUGAAGAGGAGAGCCACAACUAUGCUCCACAACAGAUUUAUUUAGCUCCUACUCAUAUACCUCAACACCAGGACAUGUUGCCAAUGGAGUUAAAUGGUCCUCCAUUUGGUCAACCAACAUCUUCAACACAAGUGCCCACACAAGAUGACUUUGAUGAUAUAGACAAGCUCACAUUGCUUGGUCUCGAGUUCACUUGGAGUGCCGAAGAUGAUCCAAUUAGGCCUGUGAUACUAGAGGAAAUGAAGAAGAUUAAGAGUGGAAAGGAGCUAGUGGAAGAAGUAAGGAAGAUUGAGAAGAACAUCAACGCUGGCAGUACUAUAUCAUCACAGUUUGAGUUGAGUGUGGCUGAGAUAUCCAUUGAUACAUGUGAGGUUCCAACACCUUCACAUUCAACUGAGCAAGAUAGCGAGAGUCCAGAGGAAGAGAUACUUCAGAUCCAAGAAGAAAUUCUCGAAGCCAAGGCACAAGAUGAUCCAGAGCUCGAACAACAAAGUGAUCAAGUUGAAGACUCAUCAUCUAUUACUCUUGAAGAAGCAAAACAAGUUGAUGUGAUUGAAGAUGAAGAACUAGAAACGCAUUUGCCCAUCGUCAUAUAGGAGCGUGAUUUAGUAGGUUUAUCCAAUCCUCUUGAUGACAUGCUUCCUUAUGAGAUCUUUGCUGCUACUUUCCAUUGUGUUAUAGCAUCAAUUCAGCUAGACUUGAAAAAGUAUUUGCUUGGACAUGAUCAUACAUACAUUGUUGGUGGCAUUGCUCUCAUUCCUGAUGAUGACACUUAUUUUCCUUAUGCUAGUCCUAUGCUUAAUGAAACAUAUUAUUCCCAUGCUAGUCUUGAGCUUAAUGAUAAAUUUCAUCCUCAUGUUAGUGUCGACCUUGCUGAUUUCUACCAUCCUAAACAUGUGCUUUAUAGCUAUGCUUAUGUAAUUGGAUAUUCGAUUGAUGACUUGGAGGGUAUUAUCCCUACCACUUGCAUUGUCUCUUUCGUUGAAUGCUCUUUCAGGUUUUUGCUUGUGCACGAUCCAUUACAUGCUGACCAGGUUCGAGGUGACAUUCCUUGGGACCCUGGUGGGCUCAGAGCAUGGGGAUGAGGAGAAGCAAGGGGGCACACACGAGGAAGGGAGAAGCUGGAGCAGGCAUGAGGAUAGAGAAGCAAAAGGAGAGGAGCUGCAGUUGGUGAGGUGAUCGAGCGAGUGCUACAUGAUGAAAGCCCGAAAUGUGCGCAAAGGCACUAAUAAUCAUCAAGAUUCUGUCUAUGUGGCUAUCGAGAAGAGUGAAGAAGAGAAGAGAAGGAAGAAGAGACUUGUGUGAGAUGAAGAGAAGUAACCAGGGGGCUAGAUAAAGAAGUGGGAGGACCUUCUUGUGAAGAAAGAAGAGAAGAAAGAGGGCCAAAUCACAAAGUUCAGAUGAGAGGAGGGGAACAAAAUCCCUAGGCGCUGGAGGGAUCCGAUCGGGCCUGGCUACUCAUCUCUCUCCCUCGCACCUCCUUCUUGACCUCCGGCCGCUGCCAUGGCCAGGCCGGCGUGGUGGUGCGCCUCUGCCACCCAUCCAUCCACGAGCAUACCCACCUCCAGCACCACACCACCAUAUCCACUCCACCAGUAGCGCCACCACCACCAGCUCGCGCGCACGACCAGCCAACCACCUGCGCCGCCAUCUCCCCGCACCGCCUAGUACCUUCAGCACCACCAGCGCCUCCACCACGCCUUCACCCCACGCUCGCGCGCCCGACCAGACGAGGCGUCUGGUGCCCCACGCGAUUCUCCUUGCCUCGCUGCUUCUCUUCUUCCUCUUUCCCUUGCCUCGCUGCUUCUCUUCUUCCUCCUUCCCUUGCCUCGCUGCUUCUCCCACGCCCCUGCCGCUGUUCAUCUCUCUGCUCCUCCUCCUCUGCUUCCCCUAACGCUGCUGCUGCUGCUCUUCUUCUCAAUCCCACGCUGCUGCUCCAUCUCUUCCACUUCCUCCACUUCCCUCCUUCUCUGAACUCGAAGCUUCUAGCUGCUGCUGCUUCCUUGGCCCCCUGCUCUGCUCCUAAUCUGAACCAUAAAUUGUUGCUACUCCCCUUCAUUCUCUAAAUUUCUGUAGACUUGAGAUCAUAUGUAAUAUUCAUAUUUGGCUAGUGCUUGAAACUUGCUAUUGGUUCAGAUUUGUAACUGUAUAAUAAUGCUACGACAUGUUCAGUUUCAGACUGGUGGUUGUUUAGUA